AUGAGUACAUCCAAGGGAAACCUUUCUUCAUCAGGGGACAUCUCCAAGCAGGAGGAUGAACCCGACCACCUUCUUGUUCUUGUUCACGGCAUCCUCGCAAGCCCCAAGGAUUGGUUAUACUUUGAAGCAGCGUUGAAGAGACGAUUAGGGAAGAAAUUUCUGAUAUAUGCGAGUUCAAGUAAUACAUUCACUAAGACAUUCACGGGAAUUGAUGGUUCUGGACAACGACUGGCAGAUGAAGUUAGGGAGGUUGUGAAGAAAACAGAGGGCCUAAAGAAGAUAUCUUUUUUGUCCCAUUCGCUCGGUGGUUUAUUUGCAAGAUAUGCUAUUGCUGUUUUGUACACUCCUCAUGCUAUCUCUUAUCAAUCUGAUGAUCUUACUCGUCCGACUCCUGAAAAAAUAGAAAACUUGAAUUUUUUGAAUAAAGGUUUUGUUGCUGGUUUGGAAGCAAUCAAUUUCAUUACUUUGGCCACACCUCAUCUUGGAGUGAGAGGAAAAAAACAGCUUCCCUUUCUUCUUGGUGUGCCUUUGCUGGAGAAACUGGCGGCCCCUCUUGCCCCGAUUUUUACUGGUCGAACGGGCAGACAACUCUUCCUAACUGAUGGCAAGUCCAACAGACCACCUCUCUUAUUGAGAAUGACUUGUGAUUGUGCAGAUGGGAAGUUUAUAUCUUCACUUGGCGCUUUCAGAUGUCGUGUUCUUUAUGCCAACGUCUCGUAUGACCAUAUGGUUGGUUGGCGCACAUCGUCCAUACGAAGAGAAAAAGAACUCUGUAAGCCUCCAAGUAGGUCCUUGGAUGGGUACAAGCAUGUUGUGGAUGUGAACUAUUGCCCGCCUGUAUUGUCUGAGAGUCCCAAUUUCCCUCCAGAAGCUGCGAGAGCAAAGGAGGCCGCGCAAAAGAAGCCGAGCAUACAGAAUACAGUGGAGUACCAUGAGAUUAUGGAGGAGCAAAUGAUACGAGGCUUACAACAAGUAGGUUGGAUGAAAGUCGAUGUGAGUUUCCACUCGGCAUUCUGGCCCUUCUUCGCGCACAACAAUAUCCACGUGAAAAAUGAAUGGUUUCAUAAUGCGGGAGCAGGAGUGGUUGCUCAUGUUGCCGAUACCAUAAGACAACAGGAAGAAAAGCUGCAAAAUCCAUCUUCCUCCUAUAUUGCUGCUAGUUUGUAA